AUGCAACUCACAGAUAAAAAUUUUCUAUUCCUAGCACUCACUAGUCUAGAUCUCUCUGGCAAUCGAAUUGGUCAGGUUGGAGCGGAAUAUUUGGCUGAUGCAUUACAACACAACACAACAAUCAUCAUUCUAGAUCUCUCGGGCAAUCAAAUCAGUCAUGUUGGAACACAGUAUUUAGCUGAUACAUUACAACACAACACGACACUUACCACACUGAAACUCGGAAAUAAUCCUAUCGGCGAGGAUGGAGCACAAUAUUUAGCUGAUGCAUUACAACACAACACAGUA